AUGGAAGAAUCAACAAUAACGCAACGCCAAACUAGCCAUGUUAAGAAGAGGGUUUUAAGGAACAAAGCUUUGGGUAUUUCUUUCGACGAGAAAGAUCUCAAAGACUACGUUACUGGCUUCCACAAACGCAAGAAGAAGAGAAGAAAAGAAGCCAAUAAGCAACAAGAAGAAGCUCGAAGGAGAAAACGCAACGAGGCUCGCUUAAAGAGGAAGUUGGAAAGAGAUCUUAGUUAUGGAAUUGUUCCUCCAAAUGCUGACACCGAAACUGGUGAAAUUGAUCAAGUUACUCAACAAGUUCUAUCUCAAUCUGUUGCUGCAACAAAGACAUAUGAAAACGAUGAUUUAAAAGUCACAGUUGUAACAAAAGAGAUCAACCCCGAAGAAGAAAGUUUCCCUACCGAAAGGAAAGAGACUGCGCCAGCAGCGUCCCCCCAUCCUGUUGUAGCUGAUAAAAAGAAAUCAGUACCUGUAAAUAACAAGAAGCCAUUUAAAAAAGUUGCAAAACACAAGUUGAGGCCAAAGCAAAUAUGUAAGAGAGAUAAAAGGAAAGGAAAGAAGUCGGGAAGGAAGUGA